ACACCGUCACACUCUGCCGUGCUGCCUCCUCUUCUCAUUACACCGGUGCGUUUGGGUCUCGCACCGUGCUGCUGCCUCAUCUACAAACCUCUCUUCUCCCAUGAAGGAAAGAUGGCUGCCAGCCCUGCUCUGUCCUCAUCUUCAGCACCCAAAAAGGGCUUUUUUCCUAGGCCUUUCCCCAGUGACUUCAGCUGAAGAUGUUGUAUUUAAAAGCAGAACAACCAAACACAUUAAGCACCUUAGAAAGUGCCUUUUUACAGAGUUUAACUGGGAUUUGGUAGGCUCUCUUUUUUCUCUCCUUCCAAAAUAAAGGAGUCAGACUAAAUUUUCCCUUUUCUCCCAGGAAACACUGAAUCAGGAUCUUCAGGCCGGCAAAAAAGACCUGUAUUCCUUCCCUGCUACCUUGCCCAUGCUUGAGUAUUCCAGCAUCAGCCUUUACAACAGUAGAAUAAGAUAAGAGUAGAAUAAGAUAAGCAGUGGAACAGCCUCAUAGGUCUCCUGUUUCUUUCUCCCUCACAGAGAACCUGAGUGGUCCAUUAAAUCAAAUGUGAACAUACCUUGAAAUUCAAGGGCUGUGUUGACAGAAGAGAAAAAUGGAUAUAAAUAAAGUAAUGCUUCCUAAUAUUUUUUACUUUUGCUGGUUUUGUGAGCCAGGCAUUCCAGUUAACGCAGAAAUGAAGAUACUGACAGCUCUGAAGAAGCCAUGAGGUAAGAUUCCAAAUGCUGCCAUGGGUUUCACAAAGACCAGCUGAUGGGCUUCAGUGCAGGUAGGUCUGUGCAGUGGCACUUGCCCUGGGGACCUGUGGGGCCAUGAAAGGGGCCAUCCAUCUGCCUGAAGCAGACCCUGGUCUAUAUUUGGGCUUAAAAAACUAUAGUAGGAAAGAGAGAUGUGGUGAGGACUGAUUGCCUGAUUCUGGUUUUCAAAGCAGGGUGUUAGUGAACCACAUUGACUCAGAUUUAUUGGAAACAAGUUUUAUUUUGUUAAAGAAUGAUUAAGAAAACCCACUCCAUUGUUCUCACCAAUAAAUGUGAAGUCAGAGUUGAUGCUCUCCAUGUAGAUGUGUAAGUAAACCAAACACCUUAUUGCAUAAUCUCGGCAGUCCUGUAGAUGAGCUGAGCUUUCCACACGCUGCACUCAGCCACGUUUAAGUUAUGUGAUUGCUUCUCAUCCACUCUGAUGCAAAGUCAUCCUGCUUAGUUGAAAUAACUGCUCUGGCAGCAACACAACACUGUUCAGUUGCUGUCCCUGUUUCGGAAGGGAUUGAGCAACUGGGCCUUUGGUUCCCAGGAAUAUGAAGCACGUUCAGGGCUGCACUGUUCAUGGACAUCAGGUAGGUCCAUGGGGCUUAGGAACACCAUAUGGAACUGUUGUAACUCUUUUGGUAAAUCUAUUUACCCUUUCAGGAAUUAAAUAAAUGUUCAUAAAGCGUACAGGACAUCAGCAUUCUGCAGUCAUACUUCUGUCCUACAGAGCAACGCUGCAGGUGACUCUGUACAUAGAGAUACAUAUUGAUAUGAGAUAAAAGAGAAGCAGUGGAACUGUCAGGUGCUCUGGAUCUCCCCAGAGCGCAGCAGAGGGGCAGAAUUCCCUCCCUAGACCUGCUGCUCACGCUCUGGGGAUGCAGCCCAGCACACAGGGUGGUUCUGGGCUCACCGAAGCUUGGUCAUGGGAAGCUUCUCCUCACUUCCAACCCGAGCAGAUUUGCUGUGUUUACAAGCGAGCAUCAGUCCUGGCACAGAAGUGGUCAAACAACAAGCAGGGCAGGCGCUCCUUGGGCACCUCAUCUCUAUGCAAAGGCUCUGGUUUCCAGGAAGCACUUUUUCCCUGAAGAAUUAAUCAGAGAAAAAUCUUCCUGUACUUAUAGACACAACUGCUGCUGUUGAACUCGGUGCUACAGAGAAAGCAACCACAACAUGGCACUGCUCUGAGUGUUCUCUGGAGCCAUAGGAGAGAGGAUAUAGGAGAUUGUACAUAGCAGUGCAACCUACUCUGCACAAUAACAUGCUAAGUUCUAACCUUUGACACUGAAUUGGGUACAAAAGACAUUUGUUACAGCCAUUGUACCCUAAUGCCUGUUCACUAAAUGCAUUUCUCUUUUAUUUCCUAAGUUCAGAAAACGUGUUCUGGGCAGCCUGUGAGUUCCGCUGUUCAUUUCUGCCUGGCUGGAGGAAGAAAUAUGAUCAGUACAAUAAAAAGAAGAAGAAAAAAAGGAAAAGCAGUGUCUGUGCCCCACUUACAAGAAGGGGGUGGAGGGAAACGCAAAGGCAAAAGCAAAAAGUGGAAGGAAAUCUUGAAAUUCCCUCACAUUAGCCAGUGUGAAGAUCUCCGAAGAACAAUAGAGAGAGAUUACUGCAGCAUAUGUGAAAAGCAGCCGAUCGGAAGGCUUCUCUUCAGGCAGUUCUGUGAAACUCGACCCGAGCUCGAGUGCUGCAUUAGGUUCCUUGACUCGGUGGCAGAAUAUGAAAUUGCUCCAGAUGAAAAGCUGGGAGAGAAAGGAAAGGAAAUCAUGAUGAAAUACCUCACCCCAGAGUCUCCAGCCUGCGUUCCUGAAGUCAGUCAAGAUCUUAUCCAACAGACAGAGGAGAAACUUGAAAACAGCCCCUGCAAAGAGCUAUUCUCUCACUGUACAAAAUCUGUCCUUGACCACCUCAGUGGGGAACCAUUCCAAGAGUACCUGAACAGCAUGUACUUCGACAGGUUUCUCCAGUGGAAGUGGUUGGAAAGGCAACCAGUAACAAAAAACACAUUUCGGCAGUACAGGGUACUGGGGAAAGGCGGCUUUGGGGAGGUCUGCGCUUGCCAAGUGCGAGCGACAGGGAAGAUGUAUGCCUGUAAGAGAUUAGAGAAGAAGAGAAUAAAGAAGAGGAAAGGCGAAUCCAUGGCACUAAAUGAAAAGCAGAUUUUGGAAAAAGUCAAUAGUCAGUUUGUAGUCAAUUUAGCCUAUGCCUAUGAAACAAAGGAUGCAUUGUGUUUAGUUCUCACCAUAAUGAAUGGAGGUGACCUGAAGUUUCAUAUCUACAACAUGGGAAACCCAGGCUUUGAGGAGGAAAGAGCUUUGUUUUAUGCAGCAGAGAUUCUUUGUGGCUUAGAAGACCUACAUAGAGAAAAUACUGUGUACAGAGAUUUGAAGCCAGAAAAUAUCCUGCUAGAUGAUUAUGGCCAUAUUAGAAUAUCUGAUUUGGGUCUAGCUGUUAAAAUCCCUGAGGGUGAAUCAAUCCGUGGAAGAGUAGGAACAGUAGGGUAUAUGGCUCCUGAAGUGUUGAACAACCAGAGAUACACACUCAGCCCUGACUACUGGGGGCUAGGCUGUCUCAUUUAUGAAAUGAUUGCUGGGCAAUCACCAUUCCGUGGAAGGAAAGAGAAGGUGAAGAGGGAAGAAGUGGACAGAAGAGUGCUGGAGACAGAAGAGGUGUACUCCCAUAAGUUUUCUGAGGAGGCCAAGUCCAUCUGUAAAAUGCUCCUCACCAAGGAUGUGAAGCAGCGGCUAGGGUGUCAAGGGGAAGGUGCAGCAGAAGUGAAGAGGCACCCCUUUUUCAAGAGCAUGAAUUUCAAGCGGUUAGAAGCAGGAAUGCUGGAUCCUCCCUUUGUCCCUGAUCCCAGAGCAGUAUACUGCAAGGAUGUGUUAGACAUCGAGCAAUUCUCCACAGUGAAAGGAGUUAACCUGGACCAAACAGAUGAUGAUUUCUAUUCCAAGUUUUCCACAGGAUCAGUGUCUAUUCCAUGGCAAAAUGAGAUGAUAGAAACAGAGUGUUUCAAAGAACUGAAUGUAUUUGGACCAAAUGGUACUAUUUCACCAGACCUAAACAAAAGCUACCCCCCAGAGCCACCCAAGAAAGGAUUGCUACAGAGAAUAUUUAAACGACAGCACCAGAACAAUUCAAAGAGUUCUUCAAAUUCAAAGGCCAGUUUAAAUCACCACAUAAAUUCAAAUCACGUAAGUUCAAACUCCACUGGAAGCAGCUAGUUCCAAUUCAGUUCUAUGAAACAACAUGUUGCAUCCUUCCACUAUAAUCUAUGGCGCUUCUAUGGAUGAGAGAGCCUCCACCAUUGAGUGAAAAUAAAAAGGAUCUCCCAAAAAGGAGAUUUUCUAUCCAUUCCUUCCAGUGGAGCCUCGCAUUUUAAGAAGAAUUUUCCACUCAGGUCUGUUUUUGGAGGUGGCACUCAAGACUGUGUGAAUCAAAUUUGUCUCUUUAGAACAUUGCAAUAGAAAUUCAAUGAACAUGACUACUUGCACGUAUUUAACUAGCAUCAUACUAGAACUGAAUUUUGUCUUUAUUAUUUUUAAAGGAAAGUUUUGUAAAUUUCUCUAUUGUCUCAGUUUACAUUUUGUACAUUUGUAUUUAAAUGAAAGUCAGACUUUGGAGGUGUAUAUUUUCCAAGCAGCAGCUGUAAAGCCAUGUGUUUUAAGACAUUUUUUUAAGAGAAAAAAAAAAAACAACAAUGUGACUCGAGACUUCCAGAGCCUCAAAUGAGAAAUCAUUCUUUUUAGUAAUUCUAGAGAAUUAUUCAUAAAUCACUUUAUCAGACUGGGGUUUAUUGACAUGCAUUUGUAUGGAACAGUUUAUUCUUAGUUAUUUUACAUCUGUAUAUUUGGUUUACAGCAACACUGCAUACAUUUCUCCUCUUCAUUAGUUUGUAUCGUCUCGCAUUAAAUGCUAAAAGACAAGAUUUUGAUGCAUUCAAGAAUGCUACUUGCUACGCCUGAGGUUUGGGAUGUCAUGGGACCAGCACAGCUGAGAUUUGCACUUCCUUAUGUUGUUAGCUCGUCAGAAACUGUUUCGUUAGAAAGGGAAGCCUAUUUUAAGCCCUUUUGCUUCGCUAGUUGUUGUGCUGUUUCUAACAACAGCAUGAAGAAAACUGAGUGAGAGGUGACCAGGAAAGCAAAUGACCAUUUGUUUUUCAAGGACUUGGAAUCUGCACCUGCUGAAAUGAGAGCAAAACUUAAGUGUUCCCCAUGCUGCAGUCAAAUGUCCAAGGCUUUUCCAAAGUUGCUCAUAUCACACAGGUAGCAAGAGAGAAAUUCGCUAGUCUGGUUUGUUCUGACCAAGAGGUUCAUGACAGCUUUCUAGAGCUGUGGAGGUUCAGAGUGGGAUCUGAUCUGCUUUUGAGCAGUAGCAGAACCUAUAGGUUGCAUCUGCACUUCCACGUGUCAUGCCAAACACACCAUGGCUCGUCCCCUCAAUUAGGUUAUCAACUCAAUUGAAUAAAAUGUCCGUCAUGAAAUAAUACCUCCCACUUUUGGGUCCAUCAUUCUUUGUCCAGGAUCUUUUAACGAUUGAUGAAAACAUUGUUCCCAGUAAUACAAAUAGGGUCAGGCAGGAUCAGUAGCAGUACCUCGGGCAUCAGAAUCAUGUUCGUCUAAAGUAUGUCACUAUCUAUAGUUAUUAAGAACACCAGAUCAGAAAUAUGGCUACUUCCCUUCAACAGGAAUUGGAAAACCUUUGUCCCCCCUAAGUGCAGACAGGAUCUCUAUAGCCCAACAUCUUCUGUAAAACAUGUUGGCGCAUUGUGCUCUUUACAUUGUUGUCUAGAUUAUACUGAUGAUUCUCCACCUUUGGGUCAUCAGGAACAUCCGAAGAUCAGCUUGGUGUGUCUAAAAUCCUUUUAGUUAGUAGGGCAGCUAUCCCAGGGUACAAGGAAGCACUGUUCCAGUGGAAGUUUUAAUAGCCAAAAGUCAUUAGACUAUCAUGUAUAUGUUCUAGCUGGCCAAUGGAGAGGGGAAAAAAGAUGCAGGUUAGUAGUGGCAAAUCUCUGAGUGAGAAAGACACAGGAAUUACAUGCUAAAACAGCUUGAGGUCAUGAGGGAGAAAGACAGAACAGGGACAGGAUUUAUGUUACACAGCUGACAGAGAAAAGUCGAGAAAGGGAGAUGAGGCUUUGGUACCUUUAUCAGGAGUAAAGUAAGUUAAGGUGCAAGUCCAUGUCAUUCCAAAAACUUCCAGUUUUCCUGGUCAUUAGUAAACAUGUAGUGAAGCUAUGUAAGUGUGCCACAGUAUCACCAAGAAGUUGUUCCUCUUUUUACUUCAGAUCAGUGUGGUCCAGAAAUGCCUUUUUCCUAUAUUGGUGGUGCUCAGGGAGAGCUUCAGUCGCUCUCCCAUGCCAGAUGAUGGCAUUGCAGAUCUUAUGGAAGAUGCAAGAUUUUAGAGACACAGUAAUAAAUGAGAAUAUGGAGCAAUUUUAUCUCUCUGUAUCAGCUAUAAACUAGAUCUAUAAUGAUUUCAGAUUCUUGACAGGAAGGGAAUGAAAUACUGUAGAGGCGAAAGCCACUAUGCACAGAUAGGGCUAAUACUUCCAGUUCUGUUCUCAUGGCCUGACAUAAAGCUACCUAAGUCAACAGGAAUCUGAUCAGUCACUUGAGCACGCCCUGGUUGAAGACAUACUUGCUCUGGGAGGUUUUCACAGGCCUUCUUCAGUGACAUGUGGGAUUUCACCUGAUUUCAAGAAAUGUAAGUGAGAAGUGGAGUGACAGAUCUUAGCCAGACAACUGACAUGUAUCAGUGUACCUGGGACAAGACACACAUCUUACUUCUUCUUAGAGUUGCAAAUGUGUUGCAACUCCUAUCUGUUUCUCUCACUCUAAGACAUCACCUUCUACUAUCAGUAUGAUAUACACUAUGAUCGCUUACCCUCAGUUGAUUUCAUCCUCUACACUGGUGCUAAGGGAUGAGGGUGCUGGAUGGGGGGUAUAGUGAAAGACUAAGCUCUGUUUUCCACUACUGCUUUGCAGCAACAGACAAGUAUAUUCCCCAUCAGAAAACCAUGGCUAAAAAUAUCUGCCUACCACCAUGAGGAAGGAAAGAUGGUUGGGGGAUGGCAUUAAUAUUUCAUUGGAUAAAUCUGAUAAAACUGCAGCUAUUGGCCCAAUCACCUACAUGUUACCAAUUUAGUGUAGGAAGACAAAAUUUUCUUUACCAUCUCCCACUUGGGAAAUAAAAUCCUAAUAACAACAAACCCUUUACUGAAAGCUGGUGAACUAAUUGCAAACAUCGAUUGCAGAUGGCCUUAUAACUCUUGGAUGCUGUCAGCCUUAACUAGCGGUGGAUGACUUUUUUAUGACAACAGUGAAUCAUAGCGUAUGUGCCUUCUCCUGCUCUCCUUUCAGCUGGGACAGUUCCUCACUCAGCACCUCCAGGGCUCUAGCAGUGGAGAUGCAAAGCCCUUGAAUGAUGACAGCUGCAUUCAUUGAGUCCUGACACUUGGAGGACGUUAUGCUAGGGUUAGAUAUCCUGAAUCCUCAAGAUGGUAUGGAAGAAGGAUGCUUAUGCGCACCUGAAGCAUCAAGCAUGGAAUGAAGUCCCUCUGGAUCCCAGGCCCUUGGGAGCAGUGAGAGUAAGGGGAGAGACAGAAAACAAGACCAGUUGAGGGAAAUCUCAUGCUGCAUCCAUAACGUGUUGCUAUCCUGUCUGAAAAACAGUAUUAUGAUGCUGUGGCAACAGAACUGUUGUACUCUUUCAGUCUCCAAGCCCUGAAAGAUUCAAUCAAUAUCAUACAUCACUAGCGAUAAUGGACAGUCCUAGGAAUCUUCUAGUCAGAAUUUGCCAACAACAACAAAACCCAUAGAAUUUUCUUUUUUAUUGCUUCUUUCUCCUUUUUUUUUCAUUAUUAUUCAGCUCACCUUGCCCUCAAGACUGGUGUAGGACCACAGUCCUCUCCCUUCCACUGUGUGACCAGGCACAAUCUGAGCCCAGAACUCAGGGCUGAAGUCCUGCACAGCCAGGCUUCCACAGACACUUGGCAUUUGCCUCUGUGGAGCCAAAUGUAGAAAACCCUGGGAGCCAUGAGUGUUCAGGGACUUUGAGAGAAAACACCUUAUAGUUUCAUCAUACGACCUUGGAGAGCAUUUGGGAUUUCUAGCAUUCUGAUGCCAAGUGAAUAGUUUCUGAGGUGGGUUUGCACAUAACAAAGGAGCAGAAAGGAGUAAUUCUUUAAUAGCUUUCCAGACUCAUUCAUUUUCUGUAUCUCCUUUCCAAUUACAAUACAAAUUCUUUCCAAAAAAUGCUUACAUUCUGAUCUGGUUGCUUGUUUUAAAUAAACAGAUGAGCAACACUUCGCUCUUUCUAAGAAUCAGAAAUCUUCUGCAAUCUGAUCCUGAACUGUGCAAGCAUGGUUUUUCUAUUUAAAUUGUUACUGAGUGGUCUGAUGAACACUAAUUAGUUAACAGGCUGUGAUGAUUCAGAUAUUUGCUGUUCAUUUUCUACAGUGUCUCAAGGUUCACUUAAGUUUUGUAGCAUUUUUUCCUCUCUCUGGGUGGAUGAGAGACUUUUUUUAAACAAAGGGAUAAUGAAGGGAAAAAAUAACAAACUCUUAGGUGCGCACUUUUGACCUGGAUUAUCUAAAAAGAGAUUUCUUUUACAAGAAUGGCUGUGACUUAGAUGUUGUUUCUGAACAAAACCCUCCUUGUGAAGCUCAGAAAGGUGUGAAGAUAAUCAAACCGGUACUGAAGAUCAAACUGAGCGUUAGGGAGCUGCAGAAUUCAAUAUCACAGUGUUCAUCUGGCCCUGCUGAUUAGGGUUGAACAGUAACUGGCAGUUCAGGGACAAUACCAGCUAUCUGUAAAAAACAGUGUGAUACCAUCUCAAUUUGCAGUCAUCCCCUGCCCCAGAAACUACAGCUAAGAGUGCCAUCAGCAGUUAGGAAUUAAACUUGGCUGACCCAGUAAAACAUCUGAUUUGAAGAUACUGAUUCUUAAUGUCAUUCAACCAGACCUCAAGAUCCAGCUUGAAUUCUUUGCUUCAGCUGUCAGAGCCUCAUGUUUCAAAUCCAGUUGAUGUUGAUCUUUUUCAGUAGAGAUGCCUCAGCUAAAAAGACAACGAGGAAACCAAUCUGUAAUACUAAUAAAACCAUGGGCAGGACAAGGAAGACAAGCCAUGAGUUCUGAAGGACAUUGUGAAACUACCAUAAUAUGUGUAUCGUCAGCAGCACAUGUCCAGUGGCAGUUGUUAUCACACAUUGAUGCACAUUCUUCCUUGGUCCAUCAUACAUUGCUCACAGGCUUUUUUGAGUAACCUGGAAAUUGCACACACAAGGUCCUGUUAAGCAUAGGGUCUGGCCCAUGGCUCAAAGACAGCAUUGUCUCUAUGGGGGUCAGAUGGAACAGUCUGACAAGGCAAGUAGGUAUCCACUUAGCCUGCAUGAACAUCCAUCACACAGGUCUCUGUUCCCAUGUAUCUGAGCCUCAGUCAGAAUUCCCUAUGUAGGCUAUUCUGGAAGAGCAAUAAAUGCACACCAUUAUAGCACAGCUGCUUCUUCUUUCAGACAUCCAUGGAACAGGUACCUGCAGGACCUGACUUCAUUGUGGACAAGAUAUGGGUGUUUUAACCUCUGCUCCACAGUUAGUUGUGAUUUUUUUUCCUGACUUGUAUUUGUAAUACUCACUUUUACAGUCGCUCAGUGAAGAGGAGAUCAUUCAUCAGGCAUUUCUAGGCAUUUUCUAUACCAUCUUUGGAAAGACUGGACUUUGAUAGAACAUCUUUGGUUUAGUCUGGUCCUGGGGAUGUAGACCAUCUUCCUUCAUUUGUGUAGCAUGAAGCACAAAGUAGCCUGCAGAAGCUCCAAACUUAAAGGCUCUCCUGCCUAAGGAUGGUCCUAGUCUGCCUCAGGCUGUUGGGAAGUACAUUUGGCAAUGAAGUUUGGGAGAACGAGUGUGUUCAAUGACUCCAUGGUAGACAGAAGAUUCUAGAGUUGUCUGUCUCAAGCCUUUCACAAAUAUGACCUGCAAUUUAAAAUAGUACUAAUUAUUUAGAGUAAGAAUAAUAGUGACCAACACCCGCAUGCUGAGCUGAAAGUCUGCAUGAGUUUAAAACAAUUCUUCUCUUUUGUGUGCUGGACAGGACACAAUCUCUUCUAUACUAAAUAGUAUUUCAGUGCUGGCUGGUCAUAACUUUCUGUCCUUAACUGCGAAAAGAGAAAUAAAUUGGCUCAGAGAAUUUUGCAAGUUAUUUUCUUUAGGGGAAACCACCAAAGAAGGCAAAUGCCAACAGUAUGCUACAGUAUUACACGCUCACCUCCCCCAAAUGUCUCUGUGAUAAUACAAAUACAAGCUGCUGCAGUUGGAUCAGCUAAGCCAGUGUACUGACAAAUGGGCUUAUGAAAGAAACAGUUUGAAACAGAUUGCUGCCUAUUCACUAAAAUGAGUAUUACUGCUGGCACAUAUGUAUUCUCCUUGGUUUAUGUACUGGAGCCAGACGUGGUGGUUUGUAUUCCUAUUCUGCCCAUGUUUUUCUUCACUGCUCUGGGCAAACCUCUGUGCAAUUUUGUUUCCCCAUUGUUAAACACGAAGGGAUGCUCUCUGUCCGUCAAUAGAAAGCACUUUGGAGUCAGUGCAUAAAACAGAUCAAUAUCAACUCUUUGUAUUAUUAUUCGAGUGAAAUAGGCUUAAUAUAGCUGCUCUUAUUUACAUGGCUAGGGAGAUAACUUGUAAAUUCGGCUCUUUUUUGUUAUUGGUUUGUCUUAGUUCCUUAGAGAUACUGAAACAGAAUGCACUGCCUUCUGUAUGACAUCUCCAACGGAAGAUGAGGUGACAGUGCCAAUGUUAAAGUAUUCAUUUCUAACUUAAGAGCUAGCUAGUAAUCGUGGCAUUCACACAAGCACCUCCUCUUUCUUUAUAUUGGAAAUCAAUAGUUAUGAGGAAGGGAACAAAAUAACAUUGUUUUGGCCAGGCCUGCAAACACAUCCCUAGGUACUCAUUAAGUGAAAUGCUGUGUGAAGUCACAAAGAUGCAUCCAUGGCAAACCUUGGGUCAACUCACUGCCCAGCUAUGGAAACAAAAGAGGCAGCCACAUGCCUGGAAUCAACGCGCUCCAAAGGGAAACUCCAGGCUUUGUGGAGAAUUAGUGGUCCUGUAGAGAUUCACUCCCAGAGAAGAAACAUUUCAGGUAGUGGCUGGAUGACAAAUGUGUUUUCCUUUCUCAUCACCCCACACGCGGCUGUUAGAUAUGUUUAAUAGCAAGCUCAAACGAGUUAUGUUUCAUGCGUAUCAAAUGCGGUCUCCCUCAAUUGCGUUUCUUUUAAACACUGGACACUCUUCUAAAAGACUGAACAUUUUAGCCUUUUGAAGGUGAAAGCUGUAAAAACUUUAUUUUGUGUUUCUGAGCAAAUGUAGAUAGACCUAAAGAUUUCAUGAACUAUCAUGUGGUUGCCCAUAUCUGACUAAUAAUUGAAUUGUAAAACUGCAGUUUCAUAUUAGGGUUAGUCUUUUCACCUGCUUUAAAAAGGAAAAAUCAUAUUUGGUAUAUAAACACACGGAAUAUCCUUCUGAUUGAAUUCAAGAGAAUAUCCAGGAUUAAAUGUUUUUAAGCACUUCUAAUACUGUAGUCUAUAAGAGGAGCAGACACUUCAGAAGCAAUGUUAAAAGUCGUCUUUCAUAACUGAGUCAACAGAUCAUUUUUGUAAUAAAUCAAAGCAAGUGUUCUCAAUUAGAAGAGCUAGUGGCUGUUGGUAUUGUACAAAAACAAAUCAUCCUAGUAUCCAAAGGGUUUGGGGUGGGGAGGGUCUGUUUGGUUUUGUUUCUCUUUCCAGGGAGAUCUUUAACAUUGUUUGAUGAAGCUAGUUUCAUUUUGAGAUUGUUACUGAAGAUAAAGGCUUCUGUGUUCUAUGGCUGCUUGGAUUCUUCGUACAUAAUGUCCUAGUAAUGUCACAGUGCUGCUGUAUCUAGAUCAAACCACUGUUUUGAUUGGUUUUUUGGCUUUUUUUUUUUUUUUUAAUAAAUUCCUUAAUUUAAAUACA